AUGGCGAGUUGCUCCUUCGCUCGCGAGCCAGCGACCAGGAGUCUGAGAGCUGCAGCAGCGGCGGCAGCGGCAGCUUCACCAGCGGCGGCGACCACCCCGCUUCUAUCCUCAGGAACCCCGACCGCACUCAUUGGGUCCGGGUCGUCUUGUCCGGGAGCCAUGUGGCUCUCCACGGCCACGGGCUCCCGGUCAGACUCGGAGUCCGAGGAGGAGGACCUCCCCGUCGGGGCCGAAGUCUGCAAACGGGGCUACCUGCGGAAGCAGAAGCAUGGGCACAGACGCUACUUCGUGCUUAAACUCGAGACCGCCGACGCCCCGGCUCGGCUGGAAUACUAUGAAAAUGCCAGGAAGUUCCGCCACAGUGUUCGAGCCGCGGCGGCGGCAGCUGCGGCGGCAGCCUCGGGCUCCGCGGUGCCGGCGCUCAUCCCGCCGAGACGCGUGAUCACCCUGUACCAGUGCUUCUCCGUGAGCCAGAGAGCGGAUGCCAGGUACCCAUACCUCAUCGCCCUCUUCACCCAGGACGAGUACUUUGCCAUGGUGGCGGAGAAUGAGUCGGAGCAGGAAAGCUGGUACGUGCUGCUCAGCCGCCUCAUCCUCGAGAGCAAGCGCCGCCGCUGCAGCAUGCCCGGCGCGCAUCCCGACUCUGAGGGGGCUGCGCUGGCGGCGGCAGUGGCGGCGGAGCCACCUUUCUACAAAGAUGUGUGGCAAGUAGUAGUCAAACCCAGGGGGCUGGGGCACCGAAAAGAGCUGAGCGGCGUGUUCCGGCUUUGCCUGACCGACGAGGAGGUUGUGUUUGUGAGGCUCAAUACCGAAGUUGCCAGCGUGGUAGUGCAACUGCUGAGCAUCCGUCGCUGCGGGCACUCGGAGCAGUAUUUCUUUUUGGAAGUCGGCAGGUCCACCGUCAUAGGUCCGGGGGAACUGUGGAUGCAGGUCGAUGACUGUGUGGUGGCCCAAAACAUGCACGAGCUCUUUUUGGAGAAGAUGAGAGCCUUGUGUGCAGACGAGUACAGAGCUCGCUGCCGCAGCUAUAGCAUCAGCCUGAGCACCCACCUGUUAACCCUGCUGUCCGCUAGGAGGCACCUGGAUUUGCUGCCCUUCCAGCCCGGAGGCUGGCUCCGAAGGUCCCGCUACGAGUUUUGCCACUUGCGGGCCAUUGGUGAUGGGGAAGACGAGAUGCUCCUCGCCAGGCGCUUCAUCUCAGCCAGCGAGCCUCUACCCCACGCCCGGCGAGGAAGACAGCACCUGCCCAGGAUGCGCAGGCCCCGGAGAGCAAUGUCAGUGCCAGCCAGCUGUUUUCGCCACUUAGCAACCAGCCCGAUGCUGGCCCCUACAGAAGCCCCCAAGGAAGGAGCUUGCCAGUCUUCUGAAGCAUCUGGCUCUGGGAACUCUGGGGAGGAACGCAAUCCUCAGGGCAGUGAAAGUCAGGAAGGAAAUGUAGGUGACUACAUGCCCAUGAACAAUUGGGGCUCAGGAAAUGGUCGGGGCUCAGGAGGUGGCCAGGGCACCAGUGGCCAGGGCUCCAGUAGCCAGGGCUCAGGAGGUAACCAGUGCUCUGGUGGGGGCCAGGGUUCUGGAGGGGGCCAGAGUUCCAGCGGUGGCCAGGGCUCAAGUGACCAGGGCUCCGGGGGCAAGGGUGCAGGAGGAAACCAGUGCUCAGGAAAUGGUCAAGGCACCUCAGGUGGCCAUGGUUCCGGCAGUGGCCAAGGGGCCGGAGGUGGCCAUGGUUCUGGUGGCGGCCAGGGGCCUGGAGGUGGCCAUGGCUCAGGUGGCGGCAAGGACUCUGGAGGGGGCAAAGGCUCAGGGAGCGGGAAAGGCUCUGAUGGCAGUGAUGACCGUGGGAAAUCUCUGAAGAAAAGAUCCUACUUUGGCAAGUUCACUCAAAGCAAGCAACAGCAAAUGCCACCCCUUCCGCCUCCACCCCCCCCACCUGGAGCAACGGGUGGAAAAGGGAAGUCUGGAGGCAGGUUCCGACUUUAUUUUUGUGCUGACAGAGGAGCUACAAAAGAACGCAAAGAAUCAAAGGAUGUCAAAGAGGCAGAGACUCCAGAAGGUGCAGCUCGGUGUCCCCACAGAGCCAGAGCUUUUGACGAAGAUGAAGAUGACCCAUAUGUGCCAAUGAGACCAGGGGUUGCUGCCCCACUUGCCAGCUCCAGCGAUUAUAUGCCAAUGGCUCCUCAAAAUGUACCUGCUUCAAAAAAGCGCCACUCUCGGUCACCUUUUGAAGACUCAAGAGGCUACAUGAUGAUGUUUCCCAGAGUGAGCCCACCACCACCUGUUCCAAGUCCCCCCAAAGCACCUGAACCUAAUAAAGAUGACUCAAAGGACAAUGACAGUGACAGUGACUACAUGUUUAUGGCCCCUGGAGCUGGUGCAAUUCCAAAGAACCCCAGAAACCCUCAGGGUGGCUCUUCGUCCAAAAGUUGGAGCUCCUACUUCUCUCUGCCAAACCCUUUUCGGAGCUCCCCCUUGGGACAGAGUGACCACAGUGAGUACGUGCCAAUGUUGCCUGGAAAGUUCCUUGGGAGGGGUCCAGACAAAGAAGCCUCAUCAAACCCGGGGCCCAAAGAUGCUGCACCUUCAAAGCUUUCAGCCCAGGGGUCCUUCACGAAGCCUGGGGGUGGAGGGUCACCCUCAAAACCCUUAGAUGAUGGGCCCCCAAAGAGCAAGGCUAAGAGACCCAACAGACUUUCUUUCAUUACAAAAGGAAACAAAAUCAAGCCCAAACCACAAAAGCAGCCCACACAGGAGCAGCGAGAAGCUGACAGCUCUAGCGACUACGUCAACAUUGACUUCACUAAAAGUGUGAGCAAUAUGCCAGUCCCCUCGACUCACAGACUGCCAGAUUCCUGGGGCAUCAUUGCUGACCCCAGACAGUCAGCCUUCUCUCACUACCUGAAUGUGGAGUUCGGCGUUCCCUUUCCAACUCCAGCAAACGACCUCUCGAAUCUUUUAAGAGCUAUUCCAGGUGCCAACCCCUCAUCUCUGGACGGUGCUAGGUGGCCACUUCCUACCAGUGCUACAGGUGGCAACGCUAAUGAAAACGAGGGUGACUACAUUGAAGUGAUUUUCAACCCAGCAAUGACACCAGUCGUGCCUUUUGCUGACCGGGCCAUUCGCUACGACGCGGAAACCGGUCGAAUCUAUGUGGUCGACCCGUUCUCUGAGUGCUGUAUGGACAUUUCUCUCUCCCCGAGCCGCUGCUCCGAACCGCCACCUGUAGCGCGGCUGCUACAGCAAGAAGAGCAAGAGAGCAGACGCCCCCGGAACCGCUCGCAAAGUUUCUUUACAGCCGCCAGAGCCGCUGUCUCGGCUUUUCCAACUGACAACCUCGAGAGCGACUUGGCGGCGGCGGCCGCGCCACCCUUAGCGGUGGGCCGGGCUUUAGCCGCAGCCUCCGCCCUGGCCGCGGUCCCAGGCAUAGGUGCGGCAGCCGCGGGCUUGGAAGCCGCCGCCGGCCUUGACUCCGCCCCCGUCCGCUGGCUUCUACCUGUUGCUAAUGUCGCCGCCGCCGCCGAAGCCGUCCGGGGGUUCCAAAGCCUUGCCGGUGGCUCCAAUCCCGAAGCCCCCAACCCAUCAGCAGACCCGGCCAGAGGUGAGAACGGGCCGAGUGGGGCCGCUGCUGCAGCUCCCCUGCCGCCACCUCGCCGCCGCCGCCCGGUUCCGAGGGCCCCGGAGCUGCCAGACUCGGACGACGACGACGACAUUUACGUGAGAAUGGACUUUGGCAGACCUGACAACAAGAAGUUCGACUCUCCCAGAAGAGGUUGGUCAUUUUAG